AUGGAAGAGAAAAAGAAAUAUGUAUUAGAUUCGAACAGCUUAAUUAAAUUUAAAGAUUUUUUAUUUUACAAAUAUGAGUGUUAUAUAACUGAAGGGGUAAUAAAAGAAAUAAAAGAUGAGAAUUCCAAAAAGAAAUUAAUGAAUAUUCUUCCUCUUUUAAAAAUCGAAAAACCUGAAGAAAUAGAUAUAAAUUUUAUAAGAUAUUUUUCAAAGUUAACAGGGGAUUUGAAUUCAUUAAGUUCUGUAGAUAUAGAAGUUAUAGCAUUAACAUAUAUGCUUCAUAGGAAAUAUGGAGAUGUCACAAAAUUAAGAGCAACACCUUUAGAAACGAUUUAUAAAUAUGAUGACGUUAAAUAUGAAUAUAUGAAUGUUAAUAAAAAUGAUAAGAAAGAAAAAAAGAAGAAAAAGAAGAAACAGAAGAAAAUAAAUGAAAUCCAUUUUAAUGACCAUCAUAAAGAAAAAGAAACAGAUGAUGAAAAAGGAACACAUGAAGAAAAUGAGAAGGAAAAUAUUAAAAGAGAAGAUGAUCAUAAUACAAUACAAAUUGGGGAAGGUGAAUUAUUAAAACAAGAAAAAUUACAAGUAAGUAAUGAUGACAACAUGGAUGAUGAUAAUAAUCAUUAUGAUAAAAAGGAAAUUAUUUACUUAGAACAUGAUAAACAUUCACAAGGAGAUGAUAACUCCUUAGGUAAAAAUUAUAAGCUUUCCCAUAUAGAUGAUGACAUAUCGGAUAAAAGCAAUAGUCUUUCUUAUAAUAAUACGGACCUAUCGGAUGAUAACAUUAGCGAUUUUUUAGCAAGUGACGACGAAUAUGAAGAAUUGAAGAAAGGAAAGAAUAAAUUUAUUGGUUGCCAAACGAUAAAAGAAGAAGUGGUAAAGGUAUUGUCGAAUGGUGAUAAUAAUGAAGAUAAUGAUGAAGAUAAUGAUGUAGAUAAUGAUGAAGAUAAUGAUGUAGAUAUUAAUGAUGAUAAUAGUGAUGAUAAUAAUGAUAAUAAUAGUGAUGAUAAUAGUGAUGAUAAUAGUGAUGAUAAUAGUGAUGAUAAUAGUGAUGAUAAUAAUGAUGAGGGUGGUGAUUGGAUAAACCUUAACAACUUUGAUAAAAUAAAUUUAAAUAUUAAUAAAGAUGAAACUUUUAAAGAGACAGUUGCUUGUAUAACUACAGAUUAUGCUAUGCAAAAUGUGUUGUAUCAAAUCGGAUUAAAUGUAAUAACUAUAGAUGGUUAUAAAAUAAAUUCAAUAAAAUUAUGGGGUUAUUUUUGCACGUCUUGUUAUUUUUUUAUGAGAACAAAUAAUUUAUUAUUUUGUUCGAAAUGUGGAAAUAAUAAUCUAAGAAAGGUUAAUGUUCAUGUUGAUAAUGAUUCAAAAAAGUUAAUUGUUAAAAUCCCACAUAUAAGAGUUAAUAUAAAAAAUACAAUUUUUAGUAUACCCAAAAAAAAAUAUCAUAACAAUAAUAAAAAUAAAUUUGAAGAUAAAUUACAAAUUUUUAGAGAAGAUGAAUUGUUAAUAGGAGGAAGGAAACAAUUUAUAUCUCAUCAAAAAAAAUUAUAUGAAUCACAAAAAAAUAUUAACGAUCCUUUUAAUGAUGAUAAUUUUUAUGAUACAUCCAAUUGUUUUAUUAGAACCAAAUUGAAAAGUGGAAAAGUCGCUGUCUUGAAAAAUCCAAAAAUUCUUGUUGGGGGAAAAAAAAAUGUCCACAGAAGGAAGAAAUGA